AUGUUGCGUGAUAUUGAAUUUGCUUCCGAACAGCGUAUAAAUAACUCAAUAAAGAUUUUUAUUGAACAGAAAAUUCCUUAUAAUACCUUGGCUAUUGAACCCAUACGAUUAACACGCAACACAUUUCGUGAGCGAAUACCAUCAAUAAACGCUAAAACAUCACAGUAUUUAUUUAAGCGAUUACAACAAAAUCAUUGGUUAAAUUCUUAUGAUAUAUUAAUGUACAAUCCACGACGUAAAUUUAUAUGGAAGACAUUUUUAUUGCCUGCAACAAUAAAUGACGUUGGCAAUGAAGACAUAUUCAAAAACAUAAAUCAAAAUAAAAAUCAAAUAUCUGAAUUUUUAAAUACGCUUUAUGGCGAACAUGAAAUAAGCUAUGAACGUUCAUUUGAAGCAUUAAAUUGGCUUAAAGAAAUUAACGUUUCAUCUAAACUUCCAACAGAUUCAAAUAAUUGA